UCGCUUAAACGCACGCAUUCAACAUCCUGACGAUCCCCGCGGCACCUACCUUCGCCCGCCGCCUCCCGCACGCCAAUCCCUAGCCCUCGCCGAUCGCGCCCUCGCCCAGCGCACGCCGCUCGCCGCCAUACCCGCCUCGUCCGACUCCGGCCUCCCCGACGAGCGCGGGUCGCCGGCUCUCCGCUGCUCCGCUGUCGACGCACCGUCCCCUCGCGCCGCCGCCCCCCACGCUUCGCCGCGGACGCGCGGUGCCGGCGGCCUCACCCACGCGGCUCCGUCGAGUCCAGAGCGCCGUCCUCCAUCCCCGCCGCCGUCUUCACCGGGUCUGCUGCCUCCAUCCUCGCUGCCAUCUCGGGUCGGCACCGCCGUCCUCGCGGACCGCCACACCGCCAUCAUCCCCGCCGAAUCCAGAGCGGCAUGCGGCGCUCGGCCCGCGAGAAGGACUGGACGCGCCCCCGCCGCUGGAGCUCGAGACCAGGCCGCGAGGACAUCGACGGUGCUCAUCCUCACGACAUCCCAGGAUCACAAAAUAGAUUGAUUGGAGUAGAGAAAAAGAGAUAUAUACAGGAGUAUUUUCAGACAGCAAGGAACCCAUAUCUGAUUCAAAGGGGCUCUACAGCGACAACCCUUUUGUUAGUUCAAAAAAUAAAACCAAAUCCUAAGUGCCAAACAACACGUCUGCAACUCCGACCACUUGUUCACAUCCUCCCUGCAUAUUUGCAAUGGCUCUCCGUGCAUAGGAAGCACCUUCAGUAUGAGCACUCGUCUCAACACAAGCCUUUGAAGCUAGGGAAAGUUCUUUGAGAUGAUCAGAAUCCUCUCCAGCCUUCAGAAUUUGUUUGAGUAGAUUCAGCCAGUGGAAUUAGCUGGCCUGACAUGGCCAGUGCAAAAGUAAGGUGAUGCAUCACAGAGAGAUUCCGCACAGUCCUCAUGAGAUUGAACUUCCCCAACAAAAUCAUCAAAAGAAGAAUAGCCUCUUCCAUAUUGUUGCGAGCUACAAAUGAACCACCCAACUGAGAAUGGAGAUUUGAAGAUUUCUUUUGUAUCCUUCCAUUAUGUCACAAUGUUGAUUGGGUGUUGCUUGGUUUAUUUUGUUGGGAAUUAGUCUUCAUUUUCUUAUUGUCUUCGCCUAACUGUUGCUGGAAUUAGGACUCUGCUUUAGAAAACCACACCCAAACAGUUUUUACACUAGACUUUGAAUACUUGGGAACGCUGGAAAUAAUUUUCUUCCAGUUAUUAUUUUUGUAGCUAACAUGCUUUAGCCCUUCUCAUUUUUCUUUCAUGUCCUCCUCAUACAUGUAAGCAGACUGGUGAAAUAUUUUAUUUGUGCUGGAACUUGCAUGGGACACAAUUUUUCAAAAACACCUACCAAAUGUUACAUCUCUGAUCCUUCAUUUCAGGCAACUAACAGAAGAGCAUGGGUGUGUGAAAUUUCCAACUACAGAACUAUGGCCUAGAUUCUAAAAUAUUUUUUGCAUGCCAUGGAGGUGUUCACAGAGGCAGCCGGGCCGGAGUGCACCUUUGUUGGUCAGCAGGCGCCACGAAGACUUAUGGGGCCUAAUCUAUAUCCGCGGUUGGAGAGGGGAUGACCAUGAAUGAAGGCGUUCACUAAGGUGGCCAGGCCGGAGUGCAUCGCUCGGGCAAGAGGCGCUGCUAAAGUUCACAGGAUUCAAACUGUGGUACAGUGAAAUUGACAUAAGCAUAAACAGCUGUAGAAAGGAAUUCAAAUGAGCUCUCCAUGCUACAGGAACCAAAAAGAUUUUAAGGGAAGUCUAAACUUCCAUUGCUCAUAGGCAUUUUACUGUAUUUCUCUGGAAUGAUACACCAAUAUGCAAAACAUUAAAUAAAACUAAGAUCACGCUGCUCAAGGAGGGGGAAGAGCUGAUCAUGGUGUCACAGUUCAUGAUGGAGCUGCAAGGGCUCAAGACGGUGGACAGCGAGGAUCCUCCCAGAAUUCUCCACUUCAACCCCCGCCUCCGCGGCGACUGGAGUGGCAAGCCGGUGAUCGAGCAGAACACCUGCUACCGCAUGCAGUGGGGCACUCCCCUUCGCUGCGAGGGCUGGAGGUCCCGUGCCGACGAGGAAGCAGUUGAUGGGUUGGUGAAGUGUGAGAAGUGGAUUCAGGAUGACGAAGGCCGGUCUGAGGAGUCAAAAACGUCAUGGUGGCUGAACCGGCUCAUUGGGCGCACAAAGACUGUCCCAAUUGAUUGGUCAUACCCAUUCGUGGAGAACCACCUGUUUGUUCUUGCACUCACCACUGGAUCGGAAGGUUACCAUGUGAAUGUUGAUGGACGUCAUGUGACAUCAUUUCCAUACUGCACUGGGUUUGUGCUUAAGGAUGCUACUGGCUUAUCAUUGAAUGGGGACCUUGAUGUGCAAUCAGUGUUUGCGGGGAUUUUGCCCACUACACAUCCUAUCUUUUCUCCACAGAAGCACCUAGAGAUGUUACCCAGUUGGCAGGCCCCUCCCCUCCCAGACGAACCAGUUGAGAUUUUCAUUGGUAUCCUGUCAGCGGGCAACCAUUUUGCUGAGCGUAUGGCUGCGAGAAAGACAUGGAUGUCUGCUGCCCAGAAGUCAUGGAAUGUUGUGGCCCGGUUUUUUGUUGCCCUGCAUGGAAGAAAUGAAAUUAAUGUGGAGCUGAAAAAGGAGGCUGAGUUUUUUGGGGACAUUGUUAUUGUGCCAUUCAUGGACAGCUACGAUUUGGUGGUUCUGAAGACGAUUGCCAUAUGCGAGUAUGGGGUCCAUGUUGUAUCUGCUAGAUACAUAAUGAAGUGUGAUGAUGAUACUUUUGUUAGACUUGAAUCAGUAAUGGCUCAAGUGAAGAAAAUCCGGAGCGGUGAAAGUCUCUAUAUAGGGAACAUGAAUUAUCACCACAAGCCAUUGCGUGAUGGGAAAUGGGCUGUUACAUAUGAGGAAUAUUAUCCAAUCUAUGCAAUUGGUCCUGGAUAUGUUAUAUCUUCUGAUAUUGCAGAUGCCAUUCUGUCAGAAUUUUUAAACCAUAAAUUAAGGCUUUUCAAAAUGGAGGAUGUGAGCAUGGGCAUGUGGGUUGAGCGGUUCAACAGCACCAGACCGGUUAAAUACGUCCACAGCAUCAAAUUUUGUCAAUUUGGAUGCAUAGAUGAUUAUUACACUGCACGCUACCAAUCACCGAGGCAGAUGUUAUGUUUGUGGGACAAGCUGCAGGCUGGUAAAGCACGAUGUUGCACUAUGAGAUAGCAAUAGUGGAUGUGUUGGUACUUGAGCAUUUUUGUGGUAGUAGCACCCAUCUAUAUUCGCGGAGAAGUUGAUAUCCUGGAAGACCCCAAGAUUCAAGAAUAUUACUGAUGGUAAAUUAAGCCCUCCAGAUGACUAACAAAUGGCCAUUUAAUGGUAUUUUUGGUAAUAGCUGACCAGGCUGUGUUUCAGCUGGAAACAAGGGAAUGGACACAAGAGCCUGUAACGCCUUUAGCCUCUGGUGCUCGUUUUAAUCAUAUAGACGAAGUUCUGUGGGCAGUAUGAGCGCUGCUAUAGGACUUCAUUUGUAAAUGUGGAGGGUAGAAAUCUUAGUCAAGUUACUGGCUUACUGCUGCUUUUGGUACGAUUGGCUGUGGUUGCAAUCAUAAACAACCCAGCUGGUACAUACAGUUGAGCGAUCUUGGUAGUGUACAAGAAUUUUGCUGUGCAUUCUCUUUAACAUGGUCCUAAAUUGUGACUUGAUUUAGCAGGCGGGCUUUGACAUUAUCUCGCCGUUCACGACUUACGCUAUAUGACGAUGUUUUAUCA